AUGCCGAAGGCCCUUUUCUUCCAAGCAUUGCUCACCAUCAUCGCGGUACUACCAGCCGCAGCUCGGCCUCGUCCAGACUAUGUUAUUGUCGGCGCAGGGCCCGCUGGCUUUGUCCUGGCCGACGAGCUCUCGCAAAACCCGAAGACGCAGGUAGUUCUACUAGAGGCCGGACACGAUGGCAUCAACGAUGACAAGAUAAACACUCCUGCAUACUAUCCCAUGAUCUCUGGAUCUUUCUGGGAGUAUUCAUCUCAGCCCGACCCCAACCUCGACGGUCAGGCACCAGGCCUCAACCAGGGCCGGGUCUUCGGAGGGGGCACAGCGGUCAAUGGCAUGGCGUACUGUAGAGGUUCUGCCUCUCUCUUUGAUGAAUGGGCCCAACUGUCAGGCAAUCCGGGGCUGGCAUGGAACUCGCUGCUAGAGGAUUUCAAGGCCACAACCCAUUAUACCGAUCAACCAGCCGACUAUCCCCAGUUUGUCAACACAUCUACUUACGGCAAAGGACCACUAGAAGUUAGCCGAGUCCCGACAGGCACGGGCUUCGACGAACCCUUCGCGCAGGCACUAGAAAGCUCCCUCGGCGUACAUGAGGUUGAUCUAACCGACGGAACUGGACUGGGUAUGACCAAAGGGCUGCAAUCAAUUCGCGUGUCUAAUCGCACGCGCUCCUAUGCACGAAAUACCUUCGGUCUUCAUUUAGAAACUAGACCCAAUGUGCAAAUGAUCCCCAAUGCAUGGGUGCAGCGCAUCGGAUUUGCCGGCAAAAAGGCCAUCAACGUCACCUACCUUGAUACCGUGUCCAACGAGGUCCACGUGCUCCCUGCAAAGGAGAUCAUCGUCAGCGGCGGAGCAAUCAACACACCCAAAAUAUUGAAACUCUCUGGCGUCGGACCCGCCGCAGAGCUUUCCAAGUUUGACAUACCCCUCGUGGCAGACAUCCCUUCUGUUGGGGCCCAGCUGUAUGACCACCCGUUCGCAACCGUCCAGGUCGAAGUCACGAAUGACAUCAUGACCGUCUGGCAAUGGGCUGUAAAUGCCACAGAAAGCGCCCUGGCAGAGAAACAGUACGAGGAAAAUGCCUCUGGUCCCCUGGCCCUAUGCAACGGACUGCUUUUCGCCACCUUCCGCGCGCCAGACUCCGUCUUCGAUGGCAUCAAUGGCUCCCACUAUACCUCCCUACCUGCGGACCGUCCCCACGUUCUGAUGGAAUAUAGUACUGUGCCCUUCCACCCAGCCACCCCCAACAUCAGUACCGUCACAGCGUGGGCGAGUCUAGUUCAACCCGAGGCCGCCGGGACCUUGACACUCAACUCCUCCGACUACCACGACCACCCAAUCAUCAACUCCAAUUACUACGGUACCCCGGCUGACCGGGCCGUUAUGCUUUGGGCCUACAAAAAAUUGCGCGAAAUCAUGGCCUCUGAUCCCCUCAAAUCGGUUGUGGUCAGAGAGUGGUAUCCUGGUCCGAAUGUCACGUCUGAUCAGGAUGUCUGGUCCGCCAUCCAAAAGCAAUCAUAUUCGUUUCACCAUCCGGCCGGUACAGUUCCUAUUGGUAAGUCUCUGGACAAGAACUGGAGACUGAAGGGCUUGAAGGGCAUACGCGUUGUCGACUCCAGCACCUUCCCAUAUCCGCCAACUUGUCAUCCGGAGGCAUCGGUGUAUGCGCUAGCGCAUCGCGCUGCGGGAGAUAUUCGCCUAGCAGAUAGACAUCGAUGA